AAGGAAAACGCGGCGAGAGACGUGCGCUGGGGGGUGGGGAAGGGGAGGAAAACCAAAGAAUGAGACGCCAGCCGUCAUCCUUGCGCUAAAGGAAAGGUGGGCCAUGUGGGCUCCAGACCUGUAGAAAUAUCUUUUUUAUACAUGCACUCACGCACCCAUAAAUUUUCUUUCUCACCUCGCUGGAGAAAAUGGAUUUCCUAGGCGGAGUCGUGCCACAUAAAAGCAUUACGCUAAUCGUGCUGCUGGAGUACAUUCUUUCGGGGCAGCCUGGGGCAGAUUCAGCCAGGCUCCAAUCUUUCCGUUGUGAUGGGCGCUCUUGCAAUCCUCCCGUGGGGAAUCUAGCAACAGGCAGGAUACCGGCCACACUUACCACCUGUGGGCAGAACAGCACUGAACUAUACUGUUUUUACCCAGACCACAACUUCCUCCAUCACACACUGCAUGGAUGUGGACAGCCCACGUGCACCAAGUGUAAUGCCAACCAGCCUGAUAACUCUCACCGCCCUCAAGACAUGACUGAUGACUGCUUUCUCAACCCUGCCUCUUGGUGGCAGUCUGCACAAGGGGUACACAGGGAAGAAAUCAGGCUGGAUUUUGAAACUGAGUUCUACCUGACCCAUGUAAUAGUGGUAUUCAAAUCACCUCGCCCAGCAGCCAUGGUGCUGGAGAGAUCCAAUGACUUUGGGAAAACAUGGAGGCCUUACAAAUAUUUUUCUGUCAACUGUACAGCCACUUUUGGGCUCCCUGAUGAUACCACUGAAGAAACCUCUAUGUGUACAUCCAGGUACUCAGAUGGGGCACCUUGCACUAGAGGAGAGGUGAUCUUUCGUGCCUUAACUCCCGCUAACAAAAUUGAAGACCCAUACAGCCCUGAAGCACAAGAUCUACUGAAACUUACCAACUUGCGGCUUCUCUUAUUAAAGAGACAAGACUGUCCUUGUCAAGGCUCAGGACUGCUGGAGAAACCACACAGAUUUGCCCACUAUGCCAUCUAUGAUCUAAUUGUCCGGGGCAGCUGCUUUUGCAAUGGCCAUGCAGAAGAAUGUCAACAUGCCAAUGGGACCAGGACCAUAGAUAACAUGGUCCAUGGGAAGUGUGUAUGCAGACACAACACUGCAGGAAACCAUUGUGAGAGGUGUGCGCCAUUGUACAAUGACCAGCUAUGGGAGUCAGGAGAUGGAAAAACGGGGGCAUCGAAUGAAUGCAGAAAGUGCCGAUGUCAUAAUCAUGCUGAUAGCUGCCAUUUUGACCAGAGUGUCUGGCUGGCAUCAGGAACGCAGAGUGGAGGUGUCUGUGACAACUGCAAGCACAACACAGAGGGCUACCGAUGUCAGAGAUGCAAGCCUGGUUAUUACAGAGACAGAGGAAAACCUAUGUCUUCCCCAGAGGUUUGCAAGCUUUGCUCCUGUCAGCCAGUGGGCUCAGUGAACACAGCCUUCAACCAGAGCUGGAGAUGCCAUCCAAAGACAGGCUUCUGCUUCUGCAAGCCAGGUGUUGCAGGGCCAAAAUGUGACAGAUGUCUCAUGGGAUACUGGGGCUUUGGAAAAAAUGGCUGCCAACCUUGUGACUGUGCCAGGGACUGUGACAAGAACACUGGAGAGUGUCUUGAUAGUUAUGACAAUCAGCAUUUUUUUGAUGUUCCUAUUGGUGGGAGAAUCCCUGACCUCAUCCAAACCCAAGUCAAUGAAAGUGAAGAUGAAUGGCAAUGGAAUGAACAUGUGCAGGGAUUUUCUGCAUUAAGACAUCCAGAAAAGUGUGUAUGCAAAGAAAGAAUUCUAGGAAGUGUCACCAAUUUCUGCCAAAUGAAAUAUGCAUAUGUUAUAAAAGCAAAGAUCCUCUCAGCUCAUGACAAAGGAACUCAUGCUGAAGUCAUAGUAAAAGUGAAAAAGGUUCUGAAAUCAGGCAAAGUGAAAAUCACUCGAAGUAACAGGAGCAUCUAUCCAGAGUCUUGGACCAACAGGGGAUGUACAUGCCCUAUUCUUAAUCCUGGUGUAGACUACCUAAUAGCUGGACAAGAAGACACAAGGACGAACAAACUCCUAGUGAACAUGAACAGCCUGGUGAAGCCCUGGAAAGCUCACUGGGGGAAGCUGGUGGCAGACAUGCUUCGAACUGGAUGCAAAUAGUCUCUCAUUUCAACGUGAAAGUCAUGAACUUCACACUUUAGUAAUAUUGCAGUGAACGGCCUAGUUAGUUCUCUUUUUGUCAUUCAGUACAUUCCUAGCUAAGUCGACUUUCUAAGCAGACUCACCUUUCCCUCCCCCAAUAUGAGGUUUAGGCAGGAAUCGAUCCCAUGACUUCUUUCUCUCAUGAAUCAAAGGACAACUGCUCCACUCCCUCAGUACUUAUAGAGCUGUGGCUCACCUCCAUAGAUAUCCAAUAUUUUCAUUUUCCAUGUCCAGAAACAAAAAUUACAAGCCACAAUAUGUGCGGACACUGCCAAGAAUCAACCUAAUAUUACUACAUAGGAUUGAGCUCCAUUGAGUAUUCAUGUCUACAGGGUCAUUUCAAAAUGUGGCUGAAAAGGCGCAACGGCUUCGUUGAGCUUGGAACCUGCAGUGGACUAAAUGGUUGGUCUAUCACAAGACUACUACUUAGUUUGCAAUCCCUUUCUAUUUUGUUUUCACUAAGCAAUCUGUGGGCAAAAUGUUUGGGUUCCAGUAUGUGUGCACUCUCUUUGCUCCAGAGUUCUAAUGAGAAAGUCUGUACUUUGCAAGAGAAGCAUGCUAAGCAGAGACCAGGAAGGGUUCCAUGAUGCAUUUUCCAUGGUUACCAUGGUGAGGGCAUGAGUAGCAUCUGAUUCUGCAAUAAGGAAUCUUCAUGGACUUCUCCUUUCCUCCUCACUAGCUGGUGUGAAAAGGAGCUGACUAGGAUCCCAGGAAUUAUGUACUUGUCAGCUAAAGGGCGAUUUUAUGAUGGUAGAGAUCCAUUUCUUUGCCUUCUGUGGGCUUCUGUUCUCUCCAAGCUCAUUCCUUCCCACACUACAUCUGAUUUUAAGGCUUAGCCCACCUGCACUCACCAAGGGCUUCCUCCGAGCUUGCUUUCCUAUCAACAUCCGAUACACGGAGCAAUUUUCCGCAAGUCUGCAAAAAAUUUUUGUGUACUACUUAGUUUUAUUUUGUUAAGACAGAACACAGCAGCAACUCACCAUUCUGUGUACAUACAGGUGGGGGAAACUUCCCUAAGCAUUGCAGAAAAAGCAUUACAAUGUAACAAAUGGGAUGUGCUGAACUGUUGAAGGAAGGGAAACAUUUGUCACCUCUAGGGAUUGCCACAGGGUUAACAUGACCUUCCCUUUCCAAGAUCAUAUCUGA